GCCGGGUCCGGGGAGCGGAAGGAUCGACCGACCACGUCGGCGCUGCCCCUUUGUGCGUCCGCCCCUCGCGGUGUGUCGGAGGCUUUGGCGGCUCGGGCCCCGGUGGCCAGGUAGCCCCCUCCCAGGCCCCAGGCCCGGCGCCCCCGAGCCCCGCGGGCGCCGCGCCUGCCCUUGUUUGGCCACGCGGCAGCGCCGGCGGUGUCGGCGCGUCCUCCUGGGCCGCCCCCGCGGGCGUCAGAAGGAGGGCGGGCGCUCCGUGCGGUGACGGCGACGCUCGCGGCCCCGAGCGCUCCACUCGCUGCCGCCGGAGAGGCCGGUGACCUCUCGACCGCCCCGCCUCAGCGGCUUAGAUGGCUCAGGCUAAGAUCAACGCCAAAGCCAACGAGGGGCGCUUCUGCCGCUCCUCCUCCAUGGCCGACCGCUCCAGCCGCCUGCUGGAGAGCCUGGACCAGCUGGAGCUCAGGGUUGAAGCUUUGAGAGACGCAGCAACUGCUGUUGAGCAAGAGAAAGAAAUCCUCCUGGAAAUGAUCCACAGUAUCCAAAACAGCCAGGACAUGAGGCAGAUCAGUGACGGAGAAAGAGAAGAAUUAAAUCUGACUGCAAACCGUUUAAUGGGACGAACUCUCACCGUUGAAGUUUCAGUAGAAACAAUUAGAAACCCCCAGCAGCAAGAAUCCCUAAAGCAUGCCACGAGGAUUAUUGACGAAAUAGUCAAUAAGUUUCUUGAUGAUUUGGGAAAUGCCAAAAGUCAUUUAAUGUCACUCUACAGUGCAUGUUCGUCUGAAGUGCCACCGGGGCCAGUUGAUCAGAAGUUUCAAUCCAUAGUAAUUGGAUGUGCUCUUGAAGAUCAGAAGAAAAUUAAAAGAAGAUUAGAGACUCUGCUUAGAAAUAUUGAAAACUCUGAUAAGGCCAUCAAGCUAUUAGAGCAUUCUAAAGGAGCUGCUUCCAAAACUCUGCAACAAAAUGCUGAAAACAAAUUUAAUUAGUGUUCAAACCUAAGGGCAUUUACAAAUAAUGAUGUGAAAAUGAUAAAAUACUAUUUUAAGUGAUAACUAGUUCUUUAUGUUAGGCAUAACCACUUGUUUGAUACUGACAGUUGUUUCAGAUGAGGAAAAUAUUCCAUCCAAUGUCAUCAGUUUUGUGAAUAACAAAACUAGACAUAUUUUAAUUAUCUAUCUAGAAGUUUUUAGAUUGGAUUCUUGUACUAGGGUCUAGCACAUUAUAUAUAUUAUUUUACUAUUCUAUGGAUGAAUGCAUAGUAUGUGAGGAAAAAUAAGUGCUCAGCUAGGAGCAAAGCAUCACUGCUCUUUCUGGGGCUUUCUCUGACGUGGAAAUACACAUUCACCUAGGGCAUUUAAGUUGACUUUAAGUUGAAAUACUUUACCCUAAGCAGCACGUACACUUACUAUACACAUAGUGUUAACAAAGCAUUGUGCUUAGAGGGAUAAAAGAAAUCACAAAACAAGAACCUUUCCCUGUGUCCUCUCAUUCAGCAAUUUUAAGGCAUCUGUAUUAAAUGAUUUUGAAUUGAAGGAUUUAUGCAUCUCAUAAUAUGGAUGUAUUUUUGAUAUAUAUGACAUGAUAUAAAAUGUGAGAAAAUCACCUAUAAUUUUACCACUGUGAACAAUUAUAUAUCCACUUCAUCUUUUCUCAAAUGCAUUACUCUAAAAUUUCAGUGCUGUAACUUGCCUUUUUUUUAAGUUAAACACUGCUAUAAAGUCUGCUUAAUUGUCAA